AUGAACGAUCCUAAUCAUCUCUAGGUUCCAAAUAAGGCUAGUAAUAAGCAAGAAAAUCUUAACAUUUCACCAACAGUUCAAUCAGUAGAUAGGUCCGUCUUAGAUAUGUUUAAAAGGGAGGGCAAUCAAAGAAGAAAGAGUCUAAGUACCAAGAAAAUAAGAAAACUGCAAUAACAGCAAUAGUUGUAAUUGAAUAACUUGCCAAAUAGCACCUAGAAUAAAAGCACUAUUAAUCUUUAGGCCUUAUUGAAGUCAACUAACGGUUCACAGACAGUAAGAAGCCAAAUGGAAACCCCCGGAGAUGCAAAGCUCUUAAGACCUAAGUCAAAUAUGAGUAAGGGUAGAAAUGAUGGAUUUAAAACAGAUAGAUAUCAUAAAUCUAAUCCUACUUUGUAGAUGCUGUAAUCAGGAUCAAGUUUCAACAAGAAAAAAAAUGAUGACUUAGCAUAAGGCACUAUCAAUUUGGCAAAUAUAAAUACAGUUGAAGAUCUACAGAAUGCUGAUGAAUAAACUGUGAAUAUCAUACAUGCAAUUAUGCUUAGGAAGGAAAAAAUGAAGCAUUCAGAUUUCUAUACCUUGCUGGAGCAAGUGACAGACAGGAUUCAGAUGUAUAAAUCUCUAUUUCUUGACAAAAAGCCAAAGUUUAUCAAAGAUAGCAUGUCUCAUAGAGUCUAAAGUUUAGAAUUAAUUGACUUGAAGUAGAAAGCAGCUUAGGAUGAAAAGAAAUAGAAGCUGCUUGAAAAGCUGUAAGAAAAGAAAAAGAAGAAUGCUUUCUACGAUAAUCUUAGUAAGAAACCCUUGAAGAAGUAUAAAUUUCAAAUACAAACUGGAGGGGAUUUAAAUGGGAAUGCUAUCCAAAACUAAAACAGCAAGAGGUUAAUUCAAAAUCAUGCUUAAACUGAAAAUAUAUACAACAGCAAUGGAUCGCAUGGUCAUACAUUGUCUAACUCUGACAAUAAUUUGAGUCAAAUGAAUUAAGAUUCUGAUAAUCAUUAGUCUAAUUACUUAAAGGAAAUUGCAAGAAAGGAAAAAUUGUAUUCAUAGAAGGGCAGAGUGCAACCAUAAUUCAGAAUGCCAUAGCAGUAGCAGUAAUUCUAAACAGAAGUGUCUGUAAAUGGCAACAACUCUUUGGACUCGAUACACAUAUAGUAACUAGGUUCUGCUGAGAGGAAUAAAACCAGUAACAGCUAAGAAAAAGAGCAUCUCGAAAUAAACAUUAGGAAUGACAUCACUUAUCUUUAAAUGCUGAAAAACUCAUCCAGUUUACCAUAUCUCAAGCACAUCUAGGUGAAUGAUCAAUAGAGCCCAUUGAGGUCGUACAUAGAUUAAAAGAUCAAACUUAUUGAUCAUACAGAGGAUGAUAGGAAAACUUCUAAAAGGAAGCUUAAGAUUCUAAGAUUAGGAGAGGCGAAAUUUAAAAAGUUGAACUAGAAAAAUGAUUUAAAGAAGAUUAUACAAGAACACAAUGGAAUUUUGAGAAACAGAGAAUUGAUUCCAGAUGAUAUUAUAAGAAAGAGUCAUGAGCGCAGUAUGAGCACUAGUAAUCUUUAUAAAGUCUAACUUAAGGUAUUACCAGUGAUAGAGAGUCUUUAAAAUCUUAGUAAGAUGCCUCAAUUUAAAGAAAUAAUUAAGAGCAGGCGUGUUGGAGCUAGUUUUAGAGACAGAUACAGAGACUAUAACCCAAUUCAAUCUUUAUUCAGAAGUUUGAGACCAAGGGAUGAUAUUCAAGAAUAACUAAUAAAAUCUUCAAGAGUUGUGUUAAAGUAGCAAGCAUAAACUGAGCAGUAACAAAAUUUAGACUUACUUUAAACGCUGUGA